AUGGAUUUAUCCUUAUUCUGCCAGAAUAAUUCUCUCUAUACUCAGGAGAAAUUGUCAAAAUACAAAAUCGGGGGAUAUCACCCGGUCACCCUCGGAGAUGCCUUUAAGAAUGGUCGCUAUGAAAUCUAUCACAAAUUAGGAUAUGGGGGGUUUUCGACUGUGUGGCUUGCAAAGGACAAGGACCAAAACCAAUGGGUCUCGUUGAAGAUCAUGACGGCAGAUUCAUCACAAUCGCGCGAGCUGCAAAACCUAAGGCUUCUCCAAAAGCAUUCUGGUGGAAACCUCUCUUCAAAAUAUGUUGUUCAACUACUUGAUAACUUUACUCACAAUGGCCCUAACGGAGUCCACCAAUGUCUUGUAUUUGAAUUACUUGGCCCUACAGUUGAUAUGGUCCUCGGAGAUUAUUUCGAGGACAAUGAUAAGCUGGAGCCAGAAUACAUACUUCGAAUGUCUACGCAGCUCCUAAAAGCUAUUAGGUUUAUUCAUAGUACCGGAAUGUGUCAUGGCGAUGUCAGCGGCAGGAACAUUGCAUUCACUUGUAACAACCUGUUGAACUCACCCGAUAAGCUUCUGGCUGUUAUUGGGCCCCCGCAAAUUGACCCGCUAGCUCGUAUUGACGGCACACCUUUAGACAACGGAUUGCCGACUCAGCUGGUCAAGGCAGCAGAAUGGGUCGAGUGGACAGACGAGGACGAGGAAGAUAUUCGGCUUCUGGAUAUGGGAGAGAGCUUUCUCCCAGGCGAGAAGCCUGAAAAGCUAGCUCAGCCGAGUAAUUUGCGGGUACCUGAGAUUAUUUUCACGGACCGCUUUGAUUAUCGUCUCGAUUCAUGGCGUGCAGGUUGCAUGAUUUACGCAUUCUUGUUCACGACCUAUCCAUUUUCGUAUUUUGACGGAGACGAAUAUCUUAUCUUUCAAAUGAUUGGUUUUGUGGAGAGAUUACCAGUCGAAUGGGAAUCCCAAUGGAAAGCAAUGCAAACUAAAAGUAGCCAUGAUCUUGAGUUAAAAGAAGAUUACGAAACCUCAAAGUUUGAACGCAAGUUUGCAGAAGAUGUGCAUGAUCCAGAACUUCAACCUCUAUUACAGGUGGUGCAAGGAUUGAUGCGAUUUCUACCAUCUAGUCGCAUUACUGUAGACGAGGCACUUGAAUUGUGCGAUAAAAUGCAGGAGAUAGAUAAUACAUAA